GGGCAGCUGGCUGUUGAUGUAUAUCUAUUCAUAAUAAUAAAAUUAGGGUUUUUGAGAGAGGAGUAGUGAUCAAAAUAAGUUACAGACAAGGGUUUUAGAAACCAAAACAAAAUGGAUCCUUCCUCUCUUAAUUCUAAUGAAAUGCAGCGCUUCCUCACUCAAGAAAAGGAAAAGGCUAUGGUGAAUGAGAUGGUGGCGAAGCUUACAAGUGAAUGCUGGGACAAGUGUAUUACUAGUACUCCGGGGAGCAAGUUCAGCUCGAGUGAAUCAUCUUGCCUUACCAAUUGCGCUCAGCGGUAUAUGGAUAUGAGUCUUAUCAUCAUGAAGCGUUUUCAGUCUAUGCAGUGAUUUUUUUAAGAAACGAACCGAUUCAUACAUCAGUUAUUACAAGAUGUUAUUGUUUCAUUCAACUCUUAAAUGUAUCAUUUCAACAUCUUACCGUGAAAUUUUGAAACUUUCUUACUUAUUCGAUGAAUGAUUGGCAUCGUUUUGCA